AUGGCGGCCAAUGCAGGAUCGAUGUUUCAAUAUUGGAAGCGCUUUGACUUACAACAACUACAGAAAGAACUAGAUGCCACUGCCACGCAGCUUGCCAACAGACAAGACGAGAGUGAACAGUCCCGAAAGAAACUAAUUGACCUGAGCCGCGACUUCAAAAAGAACACACCAGAGGAUUUACGGAAACAGGUUGCACCAUUACUCAAGAGCUUCCAAGGAGAGAUUGAUGCCUUGAGUAAGAGGAGUAAAGAAGCAGAGGCCGCCUUCUUGAACGUUUACAAAAAAAUUAUUGAUGUACCAGAUCCUCUACCUGUGCUUGAGCUGGCUCAGCAGCUGCAGCUGAAGCUCCAGAGGAUGCAUGACAUUGAGACAGAGAACAGCAAACUUCGAGAGACACUGGAGGACUACAACAAAGAGUUUGCAGAUGUCAAGAACCAAGAAGUAACAAUAAAAAAUUUGAAGGAGAAAAUCCGCGAAUAUGAGCAGUCACUAAAGAAUCAAGCUGAGAAUCUGGCCCAGGAAAAACAGUUGCAGCUACACAACAACUAUGCAGAAAAGGAGAGGAAACUUCAGGAAAGCCAGGACUCCAUGUCAUCAAAGUUGGAGGAGGCAGAACACAAGGUCCAGUCCCUGCAGACAGCACUUGAAACAACUCAGGGCGAACUCUUUGAUUUGAAGACAAAGUAUGAUGAGGAGUCUACUGCAAAGGCUGAUGAAAUUGAGAUGGUUAUGACAGACCUUGAACGAGCAAAUCAGCGGGCUGAAACAGCUCAGAGGGAGGCGGAGUCACUCAGAGCACAGAUGUCCUUGAGUAACCAAUCUCAACCUCUCCAAAGCCCGGCCAAGGCCGAUUCUGACAUGGAGCAAGCAAGCGAGGUAGCAGCACAGUCUAAUCUGGAAGCGGAGCUCAGGGCCAAAGAGAGAGAGACUGCCCAGUUGGUGGAGGACGUUCAGAGACUGCAGGCCAGCCUGACCAAACUCAGAGAGACCACUGGGUCCCAGAUCACUGAGCUUGAACAGCAGCUCAGCAGCAAGACUGCCGUUCUGAAGGAACUGGAGGAGAAACUGCAAAACCAAGCUGACUAUGAGGAGGUGAAGAAAGAGUUGAGCAUCCUCAAGUCCAUGGAAUUCGGGACUUCAGACUCUGCCCAGGAUUCCUCCAAACCUCUAGAGGUGCUGCUAUUAGAAAGGAACCGUAGUCUUCAAUCUGAGACUGCUGCUUUGCGUAUUGCCAACACAGAACUCAGUGGGUCAGCUGGAGGAAAAGGGACAGAAGAGCCUUCGCCAAAGGAGAACGCAUCUGGCGAUCCGUCUUCGUCCCCUCCUCCCCCUCUUUCUCUCCCCUCUUCUUCGCUCCCUCUGUCUCGCACUCAUACGGACACCCUGAACACUGCCACCUCCACCAGCAGCGAAUCACACACUUUCACUCCUACGGGAAUUGGACAGGACUUCUACUCGCCUGUGUUCCCUCUGGUGGGUGGCAAGAUGGCUUUGAACUCCCUUAUCCAGCGCCAACUGCUCCAGACCUUCUACUCCAAAGCUUUGCAGGAGUCGUCUGGAAUCCCGAGUGGUGCAUUACUGUUCACCCCCUUCACACCUGCCCUUGGCUCCAUCCCAAAUUCCACACCUGGAUCUGCAGCUAUCCCUCUGGCCGCCAGCAGCCCUCAGCCUCCGCCUGCUAGCCCAGAUAUGGCUCCUGUCAAUGGGAGCAGUACAGCUGGCAGCGCCCCCUCUCCGUCUCCCAGUCACUCAGACGCCACCACCGGAAGUGUUUUGGAUGGUGAAGACAUGGACACUGCUGAAAUUGCCCGGCAGGUGAAAGAGCAGCUGAUCAAGCACAACAUUGGCCAACGUGUGUUUGGACACUAUGUGCUAGGACUGUCCCAGGGCUCCGUCAGUGAAAUUUUGGCCAGACCAAAGCCGUGGAAUAAACUAACCAUCCGGGGGAAAGAGCCCUUCCACAAGAUGAGGCAGUUUCUGGCUGAUGAGCAGAACAUCCUUGCACUGCGCAGCAUCCAGGGACGACAAAGAGAGGGCUCAGGCCAGCCCCAGCUUAGCCGGGUGUUUCAGGAUGUUCCGAAGCGGAGAACCCUUUCUGAUACAGCUUCGCACGCAGGUAACAUUACAGCACGAGUUCGUACACCUGAGGCUGGUUCAGACGAGGCAAUCAAGUCCAUUCUGGAGCAAGCCAAAAGAGAACUGCAGGUGCAGAAAGCAGACUUGUCUCACACUCAAACCUCAUAUACUGGACUCAAGGGAGGCGGGGGAGGCGGCGGCUCAGAUGAGGCUAUACGCUCCAUCCUGGAACAGGCCCGGAGAGAAAUGGAGGCCCAGCAAGCAGCUCUAGAGCCCAUUCUUAAAGCAUCAUCAUCGUCUUCCUCUGCUUUAUCUCAGAGAGAUCUCUUGGGCUCACCUCUCACAGCCCCCCUCCCACCUUAUAACCCCCUUGCACUGUCCCUCAAAAAGCCUUCCAGUUCCAUUCUGUCUUCUCCUUCAUCUCCUUCACCGAUUCUGGACUUUAGCUCCAGUGGAAAGAGAGAGGGAAGGCCAUCUUCAGGAGUGGACAUGUCUGAUGGAACACUCAGGCUGGGACGUGAUGCUACGGGUCGCUCUGGAAGUGCUGGAGGAGUGGGUUACUGGAGAGAGCAAUGGUGGAGCAACAUGCACUCUGAGCCUCGUAAAACAGCGGAGGAGAAUCACAACCAGGACGACUCCAAAGAGGGAAUACUUGGUGAUGGUCUGUCUCGACACAAACCCUGGAACAAGUUGAACCAGAGAAGCAGGGAGCCAUACCUUCGCAUGCAACCGUGGCUCAAUGGAGACCAAGGGCAAAACGCACACGUCCAGCAAGCUCCAAAUCACGACGGUACUCCCAAAACAUCAGCCAGCUGCAGCCCUGCUCCUGAGUCGCCCCUGAGCUCAGCAGAGGAGUCGGUAAAUGGAUUGGCUGGGGAUCCACUCACCUCACAGUCCUCCAGUGGUAAAGCCCCCUCUGAAGAGCCCUCUGGAGGAGAGUCUCAGCCUGGCACCCCUCUGCCCAUACCGGGCCAUGCUGGUCUAAGCAUCCAGGAAAUGGUUGCCAUGUCCCCUGAGCUUGAUACCUAUGCCAUCACCAAGAAGGUCAAAGAGGUGCUGACAGAUAAUAACCUUGGCCAGCGCCUGUUUGGAGAGACUAUUUUGGGUCUGACUCAAGGUUCAGUCUCAGACCUGCUGGCCAGGCCCAAACCAUGGCACAAGCUCAGUCUAAAGGGCAGGGAGCCCUUUGUUCGAAUGCAGCUCUGGCUCCAGGAUCCUCACAGUGUUGAGAAACUUAUGGACAUGAAACGUCUGGAGAAAAAAGCUUACAUGAAGAGGAGGCUGAGUUCUUUGAGUGAUGGGCAUUCAUUGGAUGGAAGCAUCGUUGGACAAGACUAUAUUCAAGGCUCACAGAGCCCUGGACAGCAACAUCUGAAAAAACCUAGAGUGGUACUGGGCCCAGAAGAAAAAGAGGCACUGAAAAGGGCCUACCAGCAGAAACCCUAUCCCUCACCCAAAACUAUUGAGGAACUGGCAUCGCAGCUCAACUUGAAAACCAGUACCGUCAUCAACUGGUUUCAUAAUUACAGGUCACGUAUUCGACGAGAACUCUUCAUAGAGGAGAUCCAGGCAGCUGGAGGAGUUGGGCCAGGCAGUGACAGGGGCUCUCCUUCCCUCCGAGGAUCCAAAGCCGGAGAAGGCGACAGCUGCGAUGGGACUGAGUCCGAGGGCACAGGCUUGGGGAUGGAGGAUAACAGAGGAGUGUGUAAAGAUCAAGACAUGGAGGAUUCUGAAGCAGGGGCCUCUAAUAACUCCCCUGCCCCGACAGACUGCAGCACCCCCGGACCCGGACAUGGGCUCUUUAGCCUCUCAGAGGCACCCAGUAGCUCUGCUCCCAGACGCUAUGCAGAGCUGCAGGUGGAGUUUUCUGCUGCUGUCAGGACCAGCGCUGAGCAGAAGGACCUCAUUGUGAAGCUGGAGCACGAUCUCAGCACAGUUCAGACCAUGUCCUCUCUGGCUCGUCCCAGUGCGGACGGCUCCGACGUCCCUGACAUGGGCAACAUCCCAGAACCCAUCAAGGAGGCCUCUGCCAUGUUUUCUGGUCCAGGUGUGAACCCACAGCAUAUUGAUCUUCCUCAGGGUCAAAUGGACUCCUUGCUCUCCAUCAUCUCAAGCCAACGAGAAAGGUUUCGCUCUCGCAAUCAGGAGCUUGAGGCUGAAAGUCGCUCCAUGCAGCAAACAAUGCAGGCACUGCAGAAUGAAUUGGACAGUCUGAGGGCUGACAACAUCAAGCUCUAUGAGAAAAUAAAAUUCCUGCAAAGCUAUCCAGGAAAAGCUGGAGGGAGUGAUGACACCGUGAUGCGCUACUCCUCUCAGUACGAGGAAAGGUUGGACCCAUUCGCUUCCUUCGGCAAGAGGGAGCGCCAGCGUCGAUACCUGAGCCUUAGUCCUUGGGAUAAAGCCACCCUGAGUCUGGGGCGAGUUAUUUUGUCCAACAAGCUGGCUCGCACCAUUGCAUUCUUCUACACCCUGUUCCUACAUUGCCUGGUGUUUUUGGUGUUGUACAAGACUGCUUGGAGUGAGAGUGUUGGGAGGGAUUGCUCUACCUUAUGUGCAAAGAAGUAUGCUGACCAUCUCCACCGUUUUCAUGAGAAUGACCAAAAUCUGUGA